CAGCAGCGACUCCUCUUUAAAAAGACAAGACAAACACCUGCUCGGGUGAUUAAAAGAAGAGUUUCCAGACACGUAGGUGGUUUCGGUGGUGUCGGUGAUGUUCCUGAGCCCCCCAGCCUCUGCGCGGCGGUGACAGAGGUUCACAUCAGACCAUGUUGGUGCGCUUUGGCUCCAGCUGAGGAUCACAGUCCGCCACGCGCGGUUUGGAGCCUUUUAUUUGUGUUGCGCAUCCGUUAACCCAGCUGGACGUCCGAGCGCAAACAUAUGACUUUUGACAGAGCCUGGGAGCGCGGCUGCAAAUGGGCGGCAUAGGUGGCAGCCUCUACCUCAGCAUGUUGAAUGGGACUGAAACGCAAACUUUCGGAAAGAGCGCCGACAUCAGCAGUCACCUCCACCGCAGCAGCAAGGAUCUAACAGAGUUCAAGAUGGGGAUUCAGGACGCCAGGUUUUACUACCCGGACUCGGUCCAGAGCGGCCAGGACACGCUGGCUCUGCCGUACCACUCGGACCAGGCGGUGGGAGGAUACGGGGCGCAGCCCGGCAGGUUUUACGCACAGAGCCUGAGCAGCUGCCCGUACGGCGGCGUGCGCUCCCCGCCAAGAACCGCAGCCGGGCAGGGAUACAUCUCCGCCGCAGGAGACGGGUUUCCCACGCCGGGGAAAGACGUGUACUCUCCCUCCCCGGAGAAUUACUCCGUCAGCUUUCAGCACGGCUACCAGCGGGCGCCUCUUUACCCUUUACCUGGGCUACAGGUGUGCGGGAAGACGCAGGCGCUGCUCAAUAACUACCCGCUGUGGGCCAAGUUCCACAAGUUCCAAACCGAGAUGAUAAUCACCAAGCAGGGGAGGAGGAUGUUCCCCUUCCUGAGCUUCAACAUCAGCGUUCUGGACCCGUCGGCUCACUAUAACAUCUACGUGGACGUGGUUCUGGCGGAUCAGCACCACUGGCGGUACCAGGGCGGAAAGUGGGUCCAGUGUGGGAAAGCAGAGGGGAACAUGCCAGGAAACAGGAUGUACAUGCACCCCGACUCCCCCAACACCGGCGCCCACUGGAUGAGGCAAGAGGUGUCGUUCAGCAAGCUCAAGCUCACCAACAACAAGGGCAGCACCAACAACGUGGCUCAGAUGAUCGUGCUCCAGUCCCUCCAUAAGUACCAGCCCCGGCUGCACAUCGUGGAGGUGAAGGAGGACGGGUCGGAGGACCCCUUCCUGUCCUCCAAGGCGCAGACCUUCGUCUUCCCCGAGACGCAGUUCAUCGCCGUCACGGCUUAUCAGAACGCAGACAUCACUCAGCUGAAAAUAGACCACAACCCCUUCGCAAAAGGUUUUCGCGACAACUACGACACGCUGUACGCCCCGCCCGACCCGGACCGCCUGACGCCGUCGCCGCCGGAGAGCCAGCAGCUGCUGGCGGGGAGCUGCUACCCGCAGGGCUACCUGCCGGAGCCGUAUGCCGGCGCGCUGCCGCAGGGCCGCUUCUACCCGCAGCACAAGGACCCGCCCUCCAGCCCAGGCCACGCCCCCCACAGCCGCUGGUACCUGCCGCCCCAGCAGGGCGUCGCCGCCGCCAGCCGGCUGGACUUCGCCUCGUCCUACGAGGGCGACUUCUCGGGAAACGGUUUCUACAAGCCCUUCCCGCUGCAGACGUCGGCCCACCACGCGCUCAGCUACUACCCGGACCACCCGUUUGCCCCCGGCGGGGUGUCGGGCGCCGCCCCGGCGGGCUGGGGCGCCGGGCGGCCCGCGCCGCAGUACCUGGGCCACGCCGCCAAGCCGGGCGCCGGCCUGGGCUGGUACCGCCCCGUGUCGUCCUCGUCCUCCUCCUCGUCCUCGUCCACCUCGCCCGGGAACCCGCGGCUGCACCCGCCCCCCCUCCUGGAGCCGCCGCCGCCCGGCCUGCUGCCGGACAAGCCCAAGGACGGCGCCGCGCUGGCCGAGGACCCCUGGCUGCAGCCGCCCUCCGUCAAGUCGGCGGACUCGGUGGACUCGGGCCUGUUCGAGGGCGGCGUGGCCGACAGCAAGAAGAGGAGGGUGUCUCCGUACACGUCCAGCACCGAGAACUCGCCGCCGCCGCCGCUCUGCGAGAAGGACAGCAACAGCGACGCAGACUACUACGGCUACUAUACCCACUGAGCCUCACGGCGCCGCCCCUCGCCGCCCGGCCCGCCCCACCGCCACGGCCGGGAAACAGUCUCCCGGUUGUGCCGCGGAAAAACUCAAGUACCAGAAAACAGAACCUCAUCUCGUGUCCCGACUGUCCCGCCGCGCCGCCGAGCGUCGGCAGGAACUCUCAAGGUUGGCGUCAAAGUCGGCGGCGGACAGAAGCAGAUGUGACUGAAACGCCGCCCGCAGUCGCACAAACGCCAAACACACCGACAGACCUGUGACCGAAAGCCUGCCAAACAUCUGGAGAUAAAAACAACAACAACAACAGAAAAGAUCUGCAUAUCUGCCGGGUGACAGACGCCUGCAGGGAGUGUCUGUUCGUCCUGCGUCAAACGCUCGCCGCUCUGUCUCCUCGGCUUUGUCUCGCCUCUCUCAGCCAUUCACACACAUUCUCACACAUUCAUCUCCCCCUGCCGAGUCUGAGCACACACACACGCACACACACACUCACACACACAAACACACAAUCCUCUCUUUAAUUAGGCCUGAUUCACCUCGGCUCCCACUAGUGGCCAGCCUGCGGUACUGCAGGCAGAGAGCAGCGCUGACUGAACCGGGGUCAAAGGUUAAGACAGAUUAGCCUCGGCACAUGUUCGGAAGGGGAGGUUAAUCCGCCGCGGCCAUGUUAGCGUAACCUUUCAGUGAGUCUGUGCAGCUGGAUGUGAUCCAACAUAUCUCUCAGCUUAAACACCAGACGGAUUCACGAAAAACAUCUGCAGGACUCAAACGUUACGUUAUUGAUUGGAGUCCGUUCAAAUCCGAGGUUUGCAAUACUGCAACUCGCUGUUUAUUUAUUUAUAAAGUUGGUUUUUAGCACACAGGAUACACACACUAGGCUGUUUUCUUGCAUCCAUAGAUUAUUGAAGCAAUACUGAACCUCAUGAAAUCAAUAUUUUAUGAUACAUUUCAAUCAGACUGAGUGACUGAAGGGACGGAGGGCGCUGUAAACGACCGUUACCCAGAUCCAGGACACGGUCAACAGUUGCCUCAUUUCAGUGUUCUGUGUCUUGUUCUGAUGGUGAAGCGCUGAUAUUCCAGAUGUUGAGAUAAUCCGUCAGGAGUGUUAAAAAGAAAUCCAGCGGACUGAGCUGCUUGGAUAAAACACUGGAAAUGCGCAUCUCCAACCUGCUAAAGCCCGUCGGUCUGAAAACACAAAGCCCACAAUCAAUAACAGUCAUUUCCAGAGACUUCAGCUCCUCGUCGUCUCCGUCGUCACGUCCUCAUCAGCAGGGUCGCCCCUCCAUGUCUAAUUUCUUCCAGGUCAGAGGUCACACACACACACACCUCGGGUGGAUCUAAAUUAGGCCACAGCAGCGAAUUUAGAGCAUCAUAAUCCAUCAAUACAGACAAACCCAACGUUUUCCUUCGGUUUGAGUGCAAAACAACACAAGGACAUUCUGAAAAUUUAAAUUAUUUUUUUAUAAAAUCUAAAAAAAAUAGAAUCUGUUCAGUAUUUCUUUUCAAACUAAUCUGGAUAAAAAAAAAAUCAUGUCACUUCUCCAGAGAUGGUUUCUGCAGUGUUUUUUUAUUAUGAACUCACCGUCAUGGUUUAGCUCUGAUGCUAACGCUACGUCAGCCGUAAUGACGCACUUUCCCGCCUUAUUGUAACCUGAAUUCCCACUGGAAGAGUGCGCCCUCUAGAGGAAGCAUCAGGAACUUCACUGAAAAUAACCAAACGGUCCGGUGGAAAACUGAAAGCAGCAUGUUUUGUGUUUGACUGAACAUUUUAGGAGCAGAAGAGCAAAACAUGUGGGAAACCCGACAGACACACAAACUGGACUUUUAGACCGGCUCAAAUUCAGGAACAAGCCUGGAUUCAGGGAAAUACACUUUAAACACAGAGUUGCUGAAUACCGUGGAACCCUGACGCCUCUGUGAAAGUUGUUAAAAAAACUGGAUAACAUGGAAUCUUUAGGUUAUUUAAGAUCAAGCUGAAAAUAAACUUGUAAAUCUUUGAAAGAAGGUUUAAAGAAGAUUUAAAAAUGGACUUUAAUGUGUUUUGGUGCUUUGCGAGCUCAUCCUGCAGGCAGGACUGAAGCGUCUUGCAGAGUAGAUCGCUGUCCGCGUGUUUUACAGUCCAUGCUGUAAAACCUGAUCAUGCCGUCAGCAGCGAUUCAGCCGUGAUCAGUUUGCACAUAUUGCUUCCAAAGCAUGCUCAGAUUAAAAGUCUGGUCUCUGCAGCCUCCUGAAGCCGAGCUAGCAUACUUUCUACUGUACUUUUUAUUUUCUGUAUUUUCUGUUUAAUUAGCAGCAUCAGAAGUUUAGCUUCGGGAAGUGGCACGUGUCACCUCUCCUCCACCAUCUCGCCCAAACCCUCCAGGAUUUCCCCAAAUCGCCGUGUCUGAAAGUGGGUCAGGCCGGAUGCCCACGUCGGCCCUGCAGGUAACCAGACGAGGCACUGUCACCCUCAGACCGCCGCCAACAGGAAGCGCGGAGUGACCGCGCAGACACUCUGAAUUUCCCCCCGAGUCGUGGGUGACGCCGGCUGACAGAGGCCCGGCGCCCGGCCGCUGACAGGAUGAAGAGUGAGGCUGCGGUCGCCGGCCGUCAGGCGCGAGCGCCUCACUCCUCACCAGGUGUGCUAACAGCCUCAGACAACACCGGGGGCGACAGGCGGGCCCCCGGAGUCCAGCAGGGCCGCUGGAACCCCACCGAGCCCCACAUCGACGGGGCGGGGCGGACGCUGCAAACCGAAAUACACCCAACUCCCAGAGGAGGCGGGUCAGGAGCUUUUAAUUCUGACUAUGUUAAAGUUUUGUGAUGAUAUUUCACAAAUAUUCUUAGAGCAAUACAACAAUAAUUUUAUGAGUAAUUUUAAAAUACAAAUUUAAAACUGAAGCUGCACGAUGUCAUUUUGUGUCUUUUUAUAGGAAACUUCGUCAUUAAAUUAAACAGAUCAUGAACUCAGUACCGUCCAAUUUCCACUAAUAUUUAGCCUCAAGUUCAAUGAUUUAUAUUCAAUUUUGAGCACAAACUAAAGUACAGGAGAAAAACUAUCUUUAUUCUCAUUUAUUAUCUAAAUUUGUUGGUGUUUCCUUCGAGUGAUUUUAAAACUGACCUGUGAAGGAAUUAAUAAUUUAUUUGAUAUAGGCUGUCCCUUUCAAGAAGACAGAAAGCUAAAUAUUGAGCCGUGUUGAGACGGAUUAUCCAUCAGCUGUUGUUUCUGUCCGUUGUUUUGUUUUCAUAUCGUUUCUAAAACUGGACUUCAUGACAGAAGUUUUCAAAAAUUAGUGAAAAAUACACUCAGUGCUCUCAUGAACAUUUAUCAAGGAUCAAUAAUCAGACAGGAUAUUUAUUCAUAGUAAUUACACAGAGAUGGCACAUGUCCAGACUUCUUUACGCUUCAGUAGAUUUUCCAGAAAUCUGACCUUUCAGUAUUUUUACGUCAUUCUUCGUUUCCUGCUUUAUCUUCUGUGAGAUGACUCGUUAAAUUCAUGAACAGGUUGGAGAUCGUGCAUCGUGUUCUCUGGUUCCCAUCUGACACCCUGGGUGUGGUGAUCAGUGUUGGAGCAGCUCAGUCUCAGUGUGACGACUUGAACCAACUCCGCCGAGACGCACGGACUAAACCAUGCGAACCAGAACAAGUUCCCUCUUCAGCUGUCCGUUCACACACUCGAAGCUCAUUCUGAGGUCUUAAAGAGGACAAACUGUGUGACGCUUCACCGGGAGCCAGAUCGGCUCGUGUCCCUGUUUGUCUGAGUUCUCGUCUCUGUUGGUGUCUGGGAGGAAACGGAGGCCGUUCGCGGGACGGUUCGUGUUUCCAGAGGCGUUAGCGGAGCGAGUUGGUCCCCGACGCCUCGGGAACCGGUCACCGGCGCUGCUGUGCUCCACUCUCACGUGCUGUGUGUUGUUUCUGUGCUCUGAAUUGACCCUGAAGGCAUGGAGGGCAGCAGGAGAGCUGCUGCCAGGCGCCUCAGGAGCGCCCCCUGCUGGAUAUCUCAGACAUUACAGGCGGCCCUCCAGCCAGAUGUUGAACCUCUGGAAAUGCCUCCAGUCCCCUGGGCCGGAGGACGACUGGCAGCCUCGGCUGUUUUCUGGAGACGGAGACGGAGAGGUCGGCUCCAGCCAGAGUGUUUUCCUUGUGUGUGAUUCAUGUUUACGGCUCAGCGGAGAAACAAACCUCCUCUGAGAGUUUCCCCAACAGCCUUUAAAAUGCAGCGCAGAAAAAUGAAAGGAGGGUUUCUGGAGGAGAAGCAGAGCCUGUUAUUUAUUGAAAAGGUGGCAUAAUUGUGUAUUGUACUUUUGUUUUUUUAUUCAUGAAAUUAAAGCUUAUACAUGAUAAAAAUGGCCGCCUCGUAGCAC